AUGGAUGCUGCCAUCCUAAUGUGGGAACUGAGGAGAAGAUGGUGGCCGCUGUGCUCACCUUGUUCUGUUUCACCACAACUGAUGACCAACUUCUGCAGCUGGGUCUCCAAGAUCCAGCAACCCAUCAGGCAAGUUAAUGCACUGGUGGUCGGUCUUGACAAAGCAGGAAAAACAUCCACAUGCCCCUGGUGGAUGAGGGUUUCGACUCAUGGGUGUGUCCGGAUGGAGCUGAGAGUGGAGAACUUCCUGGUCACCCUGCUUGACAUUGGUGGGGCCCCGGAGGUGCGGGGGUCCUGGAGGGAUCUCUAUGGGGAGGUCCAUGGGUUCAUCUUUGUGGUGGACUCCAGUGACCAGCAGAGGAUUAAAGAGGUCCAGGUGCUUCUGACAGACCUGCUAAAGUGGCUGGCCAGCAAGCAGGACAAGAUGAACACCCUGCUAGGAAUUGAGAUAAUCGAGAUCCUGUCUCUGUAG